AAAAACAAGCCCAUUCAAAAACGGGCAAAGGAUAUGAACAGAUGAACAGACACUUUACAAAAGAAGACAUACAUGAGGCCAAAAAACAUAUGAUAGAAUGGGUAAAUUUUUUAGAAGCUGACAUCAAAUGCUAAUGAGAAUGUGGGUAUGUAGCAAUGACAACGUUCAUUCAUUGAUGAUGGAAAUGCAAAAUGAUCCAGCCACUUUGGAAAACAGUUUUAAAGUUUAUUACAAAGCUAAACGUAGUCUUAUUGUUACAAGAUCUUUGGGGUAUCUCUUUUCUGACUGGAAACCUUUGACCAGUGGUGCCUUUGCCCAAGUUUUCCUCAGGCCCACUGGGCUCACUCUGCCCACUCGGCCCACUCUGCCCACUCGGCCUGGCAGGCUGCACUUGGUUCACACUAUCAGCCUGUAUCCCAUGCCUCCAAGGGAGACUAUGAGUCAGGCAUGAAGCAGCAAGGGAUGUGUGAGCAAGUGUGGGGUCCAGCACUGCACAGUAAGACAUGCCGGCUGCUGCUGUGGGGUGAGCAGCUCCAGGUGCUGGCCUGGGUGCCGGCUCUCUGUGAGACUGUGGCUGAACCAGAUGCACCACAAGAAGCUUCCCCAGCUGGCACAAGGGAAUGUAGUGGUGCACAGAAGCUUGGAGACCCAGGAAUCACAAGGCCCCAAAGAGGAAGUCACAGUCCUAGCUUGGGGAGCACCCUGGUCUGGGAUCCCCAAAGGACCACAGCUUUUCUCUCCUUCUCUUUGCCCAUGUGGCAAGCAAGGGGCAUGUUUCAGCCCUGUUUGUGUUAUAGUUCUUUUUAGCUUCACCAUUUAGUGGGUCUCAAGUUCUUGUCUUGUGACUAGGAAAAAUGAAGUAUGCAGACAAGUGGAGGGUGAAUGAGAUGAAGAGGAGCUUUACUGAGCAAUAUGGAACAGCUCAGAGGAGAACUGCAGUGCGUAGCUCCUUUCUGCAGCCAGGGGGUCCCCUUGAGUGUUCAGCUCCUAGAAAAGAGAAGAGCCUGGAGUGAGAAGCUCCUCUCUGCAGGCAGGUCAUCCCAUUGCCUCUGCAGCUCUCAGCAGAGAGGAGGCCCUAGAGGGGGUAGCCUCUCUUAGGCAGGUCAUCCCAUCAUCUCUUCAUCUCUCCAUCCUCUUCCCAAGUCUGGCCAAGUCCAGGAUUUUUAUGGGCAGCAGAGGGGAGAAAGUACGUGCUGAUUGGUCCAUGGGCGGCCAUAGGCCAGCACAGAGAAAGGCACCAAAAGUCCCCCUCUGGUUCAUGGAACUGUCAGUCCAGCCAAGCAGCUUCAGGCCUUCCCCAGCUUGAAGAUGGGGCUUCACCAGGGAUCUGGCCCUUUCCACCCAGCAGCUUGUCUGCCUCCCACCACUACUUAUGGCACCCAGGCUGUUCGUGCCAAAGGGUGCCUAUAGGCCAGCCCUGAGCUGCCCUCAGUGCCUCCUCCUCAGCCUCCCUCCUAUGCUCAUCAGUGCCCAAAGUAAAGAGGGGGCCAAGGUGACAGGGCCUGGCAUUUAAGCACUGCCCCAAGCAUACACACACCCAGCUGGGUUGCAACAGCACCUGAGCUUGGCCCCAACCUUACUCUGAGACCAGAGCAUAAACUGACAGCAAGGAGAAGCCAACCAGCAGAAGCAGGCACUUCCAGGCCUGCAUUGGCAGGGGGUUCCUUCCCAGGCCCCUGAGAGUGCAGAGAUGCCUGGAUCUGCAGCCACAGUAGACUGACUGUCAGGCUGUUCUUGGUUUGAGGGAGUUCCACCAAGGAUCCACCCUGCCUGCCUGCCUGUUUGGCUGCUUCUUUCCUCCUUUCUCACUACCUGUCUCCUUCUGGCUCCCUGGCUCCCUCUAAGACUCCUCCCAUCUCCUUCUGGAUAAGGCAGUUAUUUCAAUUUUAAUAAGUGAAAUAUGAAACAGAGAAGCACCAUUUCUGCCUCAAGACGCAUGUAGAGAGGUGUAGAUUCAGGUUGGAGUGCAGUGGCGUGAUCACAGCUCUCUGCAGUCUUGCCCUCCUGGGCUCAAGCAAUCUUUCCCCACCAGCCACCACUCCCCAGUUUCCUGAGCUAGAGCUAGACUAUAGGCAUGUGCCACCACACCUGGAUGCUCUAAACAUCCCUGCCACCUGGUCCAGAUGGAGUCCUCAGGCAACCCAGAGAGCACCACCUUUUUUUACUAUGACCUUCAGAGCCAGCUGUGUGAGAAUGAGACCUGGGCCUUUGCUACAUUCGCCACCACCAUCCUGUACUGCCUGGUGUUCCUCCUCAGCCUAGUGGGCAACAGCUUGGUGCUGUGGGUCCUGGUGAAGUAUGAGAGCCUGGAGUCCCUCACCAACAUCUUCGUCCUCAACCUGUGUCUCUCAGACCUGGUGUUCGCCUGCUUGUUGCCUGUGUGGAUCUCCCCAUACUACUGGGGCUGGGUGCUGGGAGAUUUCCUCUGCAAGCUCCUCAAUAUGAUCUUCUCCAUCAGCCUCUACAGCAGCAUCUUCUUCCUGACCAUCAUGACCAUCCACCGUUACCUGUCCGUGGUGAGGCCCCUCUCCACCCUGCGUGUCCCCUCCCUCCGCUGCCGGGUGCUGGUGACCACAGCUGUGUGGGUAGCCAGUAUCCUGUCCUCCAUCCUCGACACCAUCUUCCACAAGGUGCUUCCUUGGGGCUGUGAUUAUGCCGAACUAACGUGGUACCUCACCUCGGUCUACCAGCACAACCUCUUCUUCCUGCUGUCACUGGGGAUUAUCCUGUUCUGCUACGUGGAGAUCCUCAGGACCCUGUUCCGCUCGCGCUCCAAGCGGCGUCACCGCACGGUCAAGCUCAUCUUCGCCAUCGUGGUGGCCUACUUCCUCAGCUGGGGUCCUUACAACCUCACCCUGUUUCUGCAGACACUGCUUAAGACCAGUGUCAUCCAGAGCUGUGAGGCCAUCCAGCAGCUGGAAUACGCCCUGCUCAUCUGCCGCAAUCUCGCCUUCUCCCACUGCUGCUUCAACCCGGUGCUCUACGUCUUCGUGGGGGUCAAGUUCCGCACGCACCUGAAACACGUCCUCCAGCAGUUCUGGUUCUGCCGGCUGCAGGCGCCCAGCCAACCCCUGGUGCUCAAGUCCCCUGGCGGGUCCGCCAAUGAGGGCGCCUCCUUCUACUGAGGAUCCUGUGGCGGUGCAGGGGCAGGUGGACGGGGGACUGGUAUGGGAGUCACAGAGAAACGCGCCUGGAAGGAGCACUGCAGAGCACGUGGGGAUGCCACCUGCCGCCGCUGGCUUGCAGUGAAGGUGAUUCAUUACACCAGCGGGUCCUGCCAGCCUCUCGUCUGUGGGAAAGUGGCUUCCUACCUGGGAAUUUUAUACUGCUACCUGACAAACAUUUCUUGAACUCGAGUUCAUCAUGCAUGCUUCUUCAUUUGAACAUGUGUUUCUAAUCAGUGCUUGGUUCAGAAGGUUCUAAAACAUGAAAGGAUUCUAGGAAAGGCGUUUCCUUGGAGACUUUACAGGGCCUAAAGCUCAAGGUGUGUGAUAACUGCACAAUGCCGACCAGGACAGUGUCUCCCUUUCCUGACUGUAGGGUUGUCCCAACUGGUUUAAUCACUUUGGAGGCACUGGCUCCAUAUUCCUCAGAUACUGCUGGAUGAGGCUGCCUGCAAGACAAGAGUCACCAUACCCUGAGAUAAGCACAGUCAUGUUGAAAUGUGGAUUCUAAAAAUCUACAACUAGACUGGAGAAAUAUUCUGCAUCCUGGAUCCAAGUCCUAGCCCACGAACUGGCCCUUAGAAAUUUAGCUUAUAAAUAAUUGAUUGAAGGAAUGAGUGUAAUAAGUGCUACCUUCUGCACUGUAUUCAGAGAAUACAAAGAUGAAUAAGAUAAAGUUGCUACCCUCCAGGGGCCAACAGCCCAGCCCCAAAGUCUCACCCAGUUUGGUGAACACCCAUCUUGGCCAAGGCAUCUAGGGUGGACUCCUCUGACAGCUCACUCUUCCCAGGUGGAUAGUGAGCUGACUUCAGAUUUGUCCCUUUGCACCUAAAGUGUCCUCCUCCUAUUUGGUUGAUAGUGCCAGCUUCCCCACAUCUGCCCACACUCCAAACCUCAAGUCCUGUUGGAGGCCUGUAUUUUCCUUCCCUAAAUUUCCACAGCCAGGUCCAAAUGACUACGCCUGUCUAGUGGCUUUCAGAGUUGAUUCAUUCUUGCCAUUGCACACACAUGUUUUCAUAUCUGAAACAGAGCCUCACUUCCUUGGUGCCUCCCCGCUGCUCCUCCCUUUCCCCGCCAGGCCUUGGUGUCUCCCCACUGCU